AUGUCCCACCCAAAGCACAAGAAACAAGCAGAAAAAUCCGACAGAUCGGAGUUCUUCGCGGCCCGAGCCUCUACGCCGAAAGCUACAGGCCUGCUGGACCAGGCCCAAGAUGGCGACGGCGGGAACGACACACUGCCGCUAAGGACGCCCACGGGCUCCCACAACCUGCCAGUCACGCAAGACUUUCUGCAGACAUGCUUGGAGGAUAUGUCCAGCAAAAUCCUGGCAUCCAUCCAAAGCACUCUGAGGGAACUCAGCAAAGACGUGCAAGAGCUGGGGGACAGGACCGCACGGGUGGAACAGCGCGUGGAGGAGCAGACAUCUGUUCAUAACGAGCUGGCAGACCAAGUGCACAACCUGCAGCAGUUACUGAACCAGUCCCAAAGGAAAAUCAUGGAUCUGGAAGACCGCUCACGAAGGCAAAAUCUGCGAAUUAGAGGCAUACCGGAGGAGGUGUCUCAACAAGAUCUGCACCCCUUCCUCAUAGAGUAUUUCAAAGCACUGACCCCCGAGCUACCAGCGGAGAUGCUGAUCCUGGACAGGUACCACAGGGUCCAAAAGCCAGCGUUCCUCCCGCAAGACACACCAAGGGACGUGCUAACCCACCUUCACUACUUCCACGUAAAAGAGGCAAUUCUCCAGGCCACGAGAGGGCAAAGGGAUCUGCCACAAAAAUUCACUCACAUAAAAAUCUUCACGGAUCUGUCAGCGGCUACACUACAGAAAAGGAAAGAAUUCAAAACGACCACAGAGGCCCUGCGCAACAAUGGCGUCCAGUACAGGUGGGGAUACCCGGUCCGCCUGCUGAUCAGGAGGAAUGGCACACUAACAACGAUCAACACGCCAGAGGAAGGCCACAAACUACUGCGCAGCUGGGGCAUUCAACCAACCCAGGCAGGGGCAAAGGCUGCAGAUCAGCGCAGACUGUCUCCGGAGUGGAAGAGGGCCAAAAAAUGAUCCCACAAAGGGAUUCCAAGCAAGAGAUGGGACUUAACAGAGACUCCAGAGGGAGCAGUCGGACAAUGGGCCGCAAGUAUACCAGACACACAUGA